AAACUUAGUUCUUCAUCCGUUAUUCGAAAUCGUCCAACGAUGGCUUCGGAAUCUGACAGCGCGGUCGAUAUCAGUACGGACUCAGCCUACAUCACAGCUCCAUGUGGUGAAACGGCUGCGGAACGAUCAAGCUUUCUUUCCGUCUUUGAUGUGUACGAUAUUGCAGCUGCAAUUGGCAAGGAAUUCGAGAGCAUCAUUGAUAAACAUGGUUCAGACUCAGUCUGCAACCUUAUGCCCAAAGUCAUCCACAUUCUGGAGGAACUUGAAGACUACGCCUCCCGCCUUGAAAGCCAAGACGGCGAAAUAUUGGCUCUUCAGGCAGCUGUUGAUCGAAUUGAACUUGAUAGACUUUCACAUGCGCAAGAUCGGCUCAGAUGCGAACAAGAGAUGCUAAAACUGGAACAAACUUGGCAAGCUGAGGCUGCGGAGUUUAGACAAAUUAUUCAGAGGUUGAAAGAUGAAAAUAUGUUUCUCAUAAGAGCUCUCAAUGCAGCCAAAGUCUCCGACGAGUGUCCUUAUAGUGAAGUUUCCGUAGCUAUGCUUAAAUUGGUUUCAGAGACAGCCGGUGAGGAAGUGAGGCUUAUGCUACGACUGAAGGAAGUAAUCGACCGGCAAAGGAUUGAGAUACGGGCGCUGAAGAGGCAACUGGCGCAGACUUCUAUCGACCUCGACGCCGUGAGUUGGUCAAUUUUAUUGGCACUUAAUUGCACAUGUAGAAGAUUCUGUCUUGGUGCACAAGCGGACAUACAACAGCAAGCAAACCGACUAGCCAAACUCAAUGCUGUGCUUAGGCGAAAACACGGAGUUAGCAAGCGUCAAGCGGCUCAGCUAGCGGAAGACAAACUGCUCAACACCGAGGGCAAAAUGAUUCUCGAUGUGCCUAAUUCCAGUCGACCGCGCUUCACUGUCGAUGAAUUACGCAACGCUCUUAUUGAACGUAAUGAGCUCAAGUCGCGCAUCGUAGAAGUUGAGGAAGAGUUGUCCGUCUACAGCCGAGCAGGUGACCAAGAUCCACCAGUCCAAGGUCCAAUAAAUCGUGAGCCAGACGAAAAGCUCUACUUCGACCAGCAUCGGUCUUCCUCCGGCAUCCAGAAAUUGUAA